AUGUUUCACAGGCCGGUGUCUGUGCGCUCAGUGCUCUUUGCACUGACGCAGUGGUGGAUUCUCUUUCCGGGUCUUGCGGAAAAGGUCAUCGCGCAGGAUAAAGGCUUCCAAGCAAGGGGCCCGGACUUCACCAGACUUGCAGGGCUCGCCAUCAAUCAGCUGCAGAAUGAAACCGUUCUGAUAUCGGACACUGUGCUACCUGCUUCAAAGCAGGAGCUGAAGAAGGCCAGCGCAGUACAGCAAGCCCAGAUAGAUGCCCUCAAGUUGCAGCUGUCUGCAAAUCAGCCGGGCCCUACUGGUGCCACCGGCCCUCAAGGACCUACCGGCAUGGGAGAUGCAGGCGCCAGUGGUGGACCCGGACAGCCGGGCUCAACAGGUGCUGACGGCCAGGGCUUCACCGGCGCAACUGGUGCCAAGGGUGAUAAGGGUGACAAUGGUGACACUGGCUCAGAUGGAGCCACAGGCCCCGCAGGCGGCACCGGCGCAAACGGCGCUACCGGGAAUGACGGCAACACCGGCGCUACCGGCAAGGAUGGUGUGACUGGUGCAAUUGGCAGGGACGGCAACACAGGCGCAACCGGUAAAGAUGGCAACACUGGCGCUACCGGCGACGGUGUGACUGGUGCAACCGGCAGAGACGGCAACACAGGCGCAACCGGCAAAGAUGGCAACGCCGGCGCUACUGGGAAAGACGGCAACACAGGCAACACCGGCGCCAUGGGCACCCCAGGCACCCCAGGCACCGGGGGCAUGACUGCUCCCGGGGACUUCACCGUCUUGAAUAACCUCGACGUGAAAGGCAACACCAUCUUGGAGAACACCUUGACCGUUGCAACAACCUCGCAGUUCCAAGGGACAGCAAACUUCCAAGGGACAUCGCAGUUCCAAGGGACAGCAAACUUUGGCAACAUCAUCAGCUCCAACCCCUCAAGCCGCAUCGCUUUUGGCACCUCCAACUUGGACGUGAACGGCGCCUUUCUGACGGUUGUGGGCGGCGGUGGCGGCGCCUACGCGCUGAAUGCAAUCGGCAGAGUCACGCUUGGCAGCAACACAUCGCCCAUGACUGUCAACCCCGACGGCUCCGUGAUUAUCGCGAGCCAGAAUGUCAACAGCCCGGCGCUGCUAGUUGCCGGCUCGACCUAUCUCGGCCUGCUCGCCAACAGCCAAGUCGCCGUCGGGACAGCCUCCCCCGUGGCCGGCUGCGCGCUCACAGUUGCCGGCACGCUCACAGCCGGGAUCAUCCAAGCGACUGUCGGCCUCUCGACUGUGCCGCUCAUCUAUCAAUUCCCUGUUAAUGGGGGCCAGAUAAGCCCUCCCCCAGGGACUGCCAUUUUUUAUGCCUUCUUUGCUGGGAGCGGGGCAGGGACCGUCAAUCUGCCGGCACCCGCGCCACAGACAAAUACAAACAUUGGGCAGACCUUUCUCAUCAUAAUCGCCCCCCCAACUGACCCCUCAAAUGAUCUGCUCAUAUUUUGCCCCCAAGGCAUUACUUGCGAUAUCAACGGAGAGCCCGGUUUCAUCACCGCCAGAGGAGUCGGGGGUCACUGGUAA